AUGCUUAACAAUCUUUUCUUUAUUAUUAACUUUUCAUUGUCUAUUGUAAUAUUAACAGUAAGCAUUAUACUUAGUCUUAUAACAAUUAUAAUUGUUCUUAAAAAUCGACAACUUCAUACAUUUAAUCAAAGUUUUAUGUGUAAUAGUUCUGUUGCUACUAUAUUCCAUGCAAUUGUAAUAAUUAUUGGAUCUAUUUAUGGUUUUCACGAAGAUACAGCAAUUAAUGCACCGUCCUGUGUUUUACGUGCCUAUUUUUAUCUUGUUUCACUUACUGCAAUUUGUUAUUCAAAAGCUAUUCAAGCAAUGAGUCAUCUUUUUUUUAGUGUCUUAUAUAAACAUCGAUUUCUUCUUACAUGGCGUACGCAUCGAAUAUUAAUUAUUAUUAAUUGGAUUAUUGCUUUUGUAGUAUGUGUACCAUUGAUAUUUAUUGAUGCUAAUGAUAGUUUUGAAAUUGAAUCUCGUAGUUGUAUAUUAUCAACUAAAACGUAUGUAUUUGCAUUUUGUAUGGCGAAUGUCUCAUGUUUGUUUCCAUAUGGAAUAAUCGCCGUCGUUGUUAUUAUAAUUAUAAUUCAUAUCCGUCGAUCGACUCGUCGAGUUCAAGCAAUUCGUGAAAAUUCGCCUAAUACUACUCAAAAACGGAGACGUGAAAUAAAACUUAUAAAACAAAUGAGUGCUCAAACGGCGACUGUCACACUUGCUGCACCACUCUAUCUAUUUCUUAUCAUAUGGCAUGUAACACAAAAAAAAUCUGCUCCGGAACCACUCUAUUUAUUAAGUCUUAACUCUAUAACAAUAUCAUUAUUUAUGUUAACUGCUCUUCAAUUUAUUAUGAAUCAAGAAGUUAAUCAAUUAAUUAGACAAUUUUUUAAGCGAUGUUGUACAUUUAUUAUCAUGAAAAAGUCCACUGAUCAACAAUAA